CUCUGCAAAAGUGUGUUUGGAUACAUAACCGAAGUAACGAGGAUAUCGUGGGAAAGUUAUUUCAUAGAUAACUGGUCAAAGGAAUGGGGCACAGGGGAAGACGAGCAAGGAAGAAGAAGAAGAAGACAAAACGUUUGACCCUGUGUCAUGAACCUCGGUUUGUGGAACUGCGGAGGUGGUUGAAAGAGAGAGGAUUCAGAUCUAAACUUCUUAUCCCAGCACACUUCGGCGAUACUGGAAGGGGAUUGAUGGUCACUUCUCCCAUUAAGGCCAACGGAAUGCUGAUUUCCUUACCUGAACAAUGCCUGUUGACCACCAGCACUGUUCUUGGGAGCUACUUGGGAGAGUAUAUAAAGAGGUGGAAGCCUCCAGUGUCUCCUCUGCUCGCUCUCUGUGCCUUCCUGAUUGCUGAAAGGCAUGCUGGGAGUUUGUCCAAGUGGAAGCCCUACAUUGAUGUUCUACCUCAAACCUACACCUGCCCUGCGUACUUCUCUGAUGACAUCAUCAACCUGUUGCCGCCAGGGCUGAGGGUGAAAGCUCGGGAUCAGAGGGAGAGAGUUUGGGAGCUACAUUCUUCCUCUGCCGCCUUCUUUGCUUCUCUGCAGCCGCUCCUCCGAGAGCCAGCAGUGACUCUAUUUUCCCAUGAUGCAUUGUGCUGGGCGUGGUGUAGUGUGAACACAAGGACUGUGUACAUGAGGCACCCCCAGAGCCCCCACCUCUCCACAGAGCCAGAUGUUUAUGCGCUGGCACCUUACCUGGAUCUGCUCAACCACUGUCCCCAAGUACAGGUUACAGCAGGGUUCAGCCAGGCAAACAGGUGCUAUGAGAUCAGGAGUGUCCAGGGAUGCAGCAAGUUCCAUCAGGCCUUCAUCUGCUAUGGACCACACGACAACCAACGUCUGCUUUUAGAUUAUGGCUUUGUUGCCCCCGGCAACCCUCAUGCUGUGGUUUAUGUUGACCUUGAUAUUCUGAAGCUGUGUCUCAAUGACAGGGACAAACAAUUGCCACAGAAGCUUCUCUUCCUGAAGGAACACGACUUUCUCAUGAACUUGACCUUUGGAUUCGAUGGUCCUUCCUGGAGGCUGAUGACCGCCCUCAGGCUGCUCUCCCUGAAGCCAGAGCAAUAUGCAUGCUGGAAAUCUGUCCUCUUGGGGGCAGUAGUGUGCAAGGACAGAGAGGAGUGGACUGUCCAAACAGCUCUCAUGCUCUGCAAGAUCCUUUUGGAGGAAAGCAGCAAGGCUUUAGAGAGGCUAUCCCACCUCAAAGAAGGGGCAGACACCACUCUGACUGAGCAGUUGUCCAUGGUGGAAUUCCUUCGCCGCGAGGAGCAGGCGAUUCUGGGGCAGUCACAGGAACUUCUGGGUCUCCAACGGCAACCGUUGCCAAGCCAACCGGGCUUUGCCUAAAAAAACAAGCGGGCUAAGGAAACCGGCUACUAACUCUGUGCGUGUUGUUGCAAAUCUUGGGCCCUGUCCCUCUGCCAACGCAUCACAAGAGCCAGUUUGAGUAAAAGAGGGCAUGAAUAUGGCUCUCUUGGCACAACGGGACUUUUGCAAUUCAACAGAGUGCCCAGGGGAUCCAGAGUGUGCGGGCAGGCCAAGGCACUUUCUCUCAGGCAGUGAAAGGCUACACUGUGCUGCCAAAGACCUGCUCUUUCCUCACCACCAGUUGAGCAUAUGCUUGGUAAGAUGAGGAGGAAGACAUGUGGGAAUAUGGGCUAUGCAUUGAAUAGUGGAAGAAAAAAAAAGACAAGCUUAUAUAGUCACAAGAGCCAGUUUGCCCUGUAUAUAGGUGUCUGUUGAUGAAACCAGUGGGGAUAAUCUGUUGUGCCAGUUUGUGCUAACUUUUGUGUGGAGGUUUACACAAGCCAUAUCAAGGUGAGAACAGGAGGUUGACCCUCCCGGGUAGGGCACUGCACAUUUUUCUGAUGUCAUCCUACAGUUGCUGAGUGAUAUUUGAAUGAGUUGACGGUCGUAUUCAAAAUUAAGAGACCACUGCAAAUUUGACUAUCAAUUCAUUGUCAAAUUUGACUGUCAAUUCAUUAAAAUGUCACUCAGCAACAGAAAAAAAAUCUGAAAAAUGUGCAGUGGUCUCUUAAUUUCUUUCAGAGCUAUACGAGUCUACAUCACUUUUAGAUUCAGGGAAGGUCUUCACAUUCUGAAAACAAUUUUAAUUUCAUCAAAGUGUUAUAAUAUUACAAUGUUUCAUAACAUAAAUGUAGCAAAACAUUUUAACAGUACAUUAACUGACAGCAUCUGUCAAAUAAAUGGAAACAUUA